AUGGAGACUACGAGAAUUCCUUCUUCUCCAACUGUAAUAAUCCAAGGCGAAGGAGCAGAUGUGAAUAUGAAAAUCAAUAAAACCGUUUUUCGUUUGGGAUGGCUUUCAUUCAUUUGUGGUGCUUGUGCGUUUCUUACACAUUACAUUUCAUUGGAUCAUCUGGAGAAUUUCUCGCCAUUCAAUGCAGGUCUUAUUGCCGGAUUUUUUCUGAUGAUUGCGGGCUUAGCAUCGAUUGCAGCUGGAUAUCAUGAGACGUCGUAUAAAUAUUAUCUUCAUGCUCAAAUUUGGUCAUUUAUUGUCGAUCUUCUCUUGGCACCAGGUCUGAUCAUCGUAGCUAUAAGCGCGCUGAUCAUAGACAGUCAAGAUAUUCGACCGCUCUGCCGAGCAGAACAUGAGUCCGAAUUGAAUAUUCUAUGUGUCAAGGAAACGAACUUGUAUGACUUAAGUCGCACAUUGAAUAUAAUUCAAUUAGCUAUCGGUGCUGUAUGUUUUGUUACUCAUAUCAUUCUUCUAUCAAAUCAAAGACGAAUGCUUGAGCGAAUGAUAAUUGCUGAGAAUGAUGUUGCGAAAGAAGUAGUUAUGUACGCUCAACCUAUGAAUCAAAUGAUAUAUUAUGCUGAUUCGCCGCCGAAAUACGAAGAUCUUCCAUUAUCUUGA